AUGCGUUGGUUUCGAUACUUAGUGCUAGCGAUUGUGCUGCUAGAGGUUGAUACUGUGCGUGGAGAUUUCGGUAUAGCGCCAGUGAUUUCUGGUUCAACUACAGUGGAAACGUACGCGCGGCGAAUUCGCGACGAAGCUAAUGGAGUCAUGAAUGCAUACGGCGAUAUAACACUCGAUGGGCCUUCGGACGCAUUCAACCAGGCGGGCCUCGCUCUCAAGACAUUAUUUGAGCAGAUUGUAAAUGCUGUACUACCCAUCGCACAGGCUAUCGCCACAUUGGCUCCCGACGAUGUCGGACCGGCAGAGAACCUUUUCGGAGCUGUCGAUACGAAGAUUUCCAGCAUGCUAACGUUCAUCAAUGGAGAUGCGCAAACCCAACUCGCCACAAUACAGACGUUAGUCAGCGUGUACGUUCGAAAGGAGCUGAAUGACAUUCUUACCACUAUGAAAACAACGUUAGGUGAGCUGCGCAAUGCACUCAGUACACUCCGUACCGCCGUGAUUAGUGCUCGCACAAAUCGUGCAAAUUCUACGAACAUCCAGAACUACGUGAAGCCCUCGAUGGUGGUGCUGGUGCAGACAAAAACGCUCCAACUCUCCACAGACCUCCCAGCAGCGACCUACUCCGCGAUCGAGUCGGCACGCACGAUCAAUCAGGCGAACAUAUUCAUCCAGACCGGUAUUACCAUCAAGACCGGUACAACACUGGCCGAUUUUUGGGAGAGUGAGAUGCUAAAAGCAUACGAAAAAAUCGUGAGAUUUUUAGACCAACUGAAGGGGCUGGUAGUAUCGGAAAUCCCAAAAGUAAAUGCCCGCAUGGCUCUGUUUGCUCAGGUUUUCAGUCCACUAACGAUACCGCUCGGUACGAAGUAUGGUGAGAUUAAUACGGUUUACGGGAAGAUCACCACCGGCACCGGUGAUAAUGUGCUCAACGCGUACAAAACGCUGGUCGCUUCUGCGCUCGGGUACAUCAGUGAUCUUCUGAGUGUUUUCUUUCCACCGAUUGAACCUGUCAUUAAGCGUCUGUCGGAAGUGUUAGUGCAACGAGGACCGUACGGUGAUUUCUGCUACGAAACGUACUACCCGAAGGUGGAACAGUAUCUGUACUCGGGCGAAAUGAAUGUGCUGACGUGUCUGAACACGGAGCUGGAGCGCGAAAAGUAUCUGAUGGAGGCGCUAAUGGAGGUCAUUUACGAGCUGCAGUUCUUCCUGGAGGAUACAGAUGCCUAUUUAAAGAUUUGCUAUCGUUUGUCACUCUUCGAUACACCGUUGGCCAAUCAGUGCUUGCAGGAGCACACGGAGUUCUCCGAGCCGAUUCCGUGCACGGCUAUCCAUGAGUACGCCACCAUGCUUCAGCUUCUGUGCAAGGAGGUCGACUCACUUCGAUACCGACUGUGGGCCUGUGUGUCCCGCGAUACGGUAAGGUUCCCGCUCGAAGCCAAAGACAUAUUGACCAACAUUGAAAAGUGCCAGCAGUAUGGUCCUUAG